CAUUGACCGGUAUAAUUCAAAAAUUAAGUGAAUUUGAGGAGUGAAUUAUUUUAGUGAUUCUGUGUCACACAGGCUAUGUGUUGAUAUAAUUUGUUCCAAAAUUGAAGUGAAAUCUCAACAUCUACAUUAUUUGAAUUAUUUCAUUGGUUCUGAACUAAAUUUGAGAAUAAAUCACGAAAAAUGGACAACGAUGUAGACAUGGAAAUGAACAACGUACGAGAUGAAGAUGUUCUGUUGGACCAUAUUAUUCUGCCGCGCGUUUUGCCACAAACAAAACCACGGUAUUUGUAUGAUACGGAAAUUGACUUGAUGAAGAAAAUGGUUAAAAACGUGGAAAAAAUGUCGGAAUUUAUCCCGAGAAAGACUGUGGAAAUGUUUCAACGCUUACAAAGGGUGCACAUGAUGCUCACAAAAGAAAACAUUUCAAAAGAGAUCAAUGAGUUGUGCCCUGGCGAUACAUUUGCAAUGUUCGUGCGUUUUCAACAUACAGGCUUUAUGAUUCAUGUACCAUCGACUGAAGCUAUCAAUAACGUGCAAAAUGUGAUUGUGUCUACAAUUCCAAAUUUGCAUCCAGAUCAAGUUUACAAGCAUGACACCGAUUUCGAGUUCAAUUAUCCAGAACAAGCUAUCAAAAUGCACUUCUCGAAAAUAUUAAGAUCCGAAGAGUUUGCUAAUCAAUUGUGUGUUCUGUUCGAAGGAUUGCCAGUUGAAGGAAAGAAUCGCGAUUGUGUAUGUAAGUGGCUGGUUACAUUGCUUGAUGAUGGCAAUAGCACAUCCGCCACCAAAUAUCCAUUCAUUACGAAAAAGAUUCGAGACGAAAUAUUGGGCGAAAGCAAAACAAACUACUUUCGUCGAUCCAGCUUUUAUAUAAGCGUCAAGGUUAUGCUUCAGCACAACCUCACACUUCAGUUGGGCUCUGAGAACGGAAAAUUGUUAUACAAAAUUGUUAUGUUAAAUUUCUUGACUAGCAUUUGUGGUCUGUAUAAGGAAUAUGACACAUUUAACAUUGAUUUGCUGUCACAAUUGAUUGCUAAAUUGGCACGACGCAUUGAGAAGCUGUUGCACAUGGUGUCGGACGAAACACCCAAAGAUGUCAUCAAUUUAUUAAAAUCUGUUGUUAAAGAGGCAAAAGAAAACAUCGAACUAAUACGCCAGAAAAUUGACAGCCAAAUAAAAAAUUUGCAGAAUAAAAUCGAAAAUGAAGCAAAAUCACCAUCAGUGGCUGAUCUUAACUUUGAAGCAGAUAUUAUAUACAAAAUUCCAAAACUGACAGAAUACUUAACGAAACGAAUGAAAAAAGAAAAACUAUCUGACAACAAAACCGAGUAUACACCAAAAACAUACGAACGAUAUUUCACAAAAGAUCUUUCAAACAUUGAAAGCAUAAAUACUACGAAGCACGGCAUGGCCGAACGUAUAUUUUGGUCGGAAUUUGAGCAAGUGGUUUUAUACGAAAUGAAAAUGGAUGACGACCGAUGGAGUGAUUAUGAGUUACGCACAUGGUCAUUUGCAUAUGCGAAAUAUGCUAAAAAGAAUUUCAAAGGGAAUCCAUUGUUUAUGAGCCAAAUGUUGUUGGUUCGCUUAAAAUUGAUUGCUGUGAUGGAUAAACUUGCUACAAAAAAACAUCCAUUAUUGCUACAACAUCACAGUGGAAUCAAUCAAAACAUAAUUAAUGAAUUAUUGAUACCGCAACAUAUAAAUAUGUGCAUUGCCCAUGAAAUAGAGAAGUAUUUUCAAAAACGUAACUCUCAAUCUAACGGUCCAAGUUUGAUUGGCGAAAAAAAUAUCAGCGAUAAAUCAUUUUCUGUGAAAUAUGCUAAAGAGCAUUCUGACAUGCUGGAAAUUCAGACUAAAAUAUUGAAACAGGACGAAAAAAAUGUGGAUGAAAAGAAAAAAGAAUUGCAACGGCGUCGUGAUGAAAAGGAAAGUUACAAAAGUAAAGCCAAUCGUCGAAACUGUGAAUGUUAUAUAGAGUAUGGCUAUAAGCAGCAUUUUCGUGACUGUACAAAAUGCGCAUAUAACAAAAUGGCAGACCAACUGCGGGUUAAACAAUAUGAACAUCUUUUACCCACAGAAGAAAUUCAAAGAUUAGCUGUUGUUUUUGAACUUCAGAUACCCAGUGAAAUCGCUCAUUUGCGUGAUGUUUUAAAUAAAUUUGCUAAAUUUUGUCUUGGAGAUUCCAAAUUUGAAUCGGAAAAUUCACAGAAAAUCAAAGGAAAGUGGACCGACCGUCUUUCGGAAUUUAGUAACAAAAGCAAUCACAUUGUUACACUAGGAAGUACACAAUCUGAAAAAUUGGAAGAGUUUCGUGUAAGCAGCAAUUCUGACUGGUUUUUCAUUAAAAGCACAUUCAAUUGCGUGUUUCAUGCGAAAAAAGAGCAAAUCAUAAAUUCAAUUCCAGACGAUGCCAUAAAAAGUGUAUGCAUAUUUAAAGCUCAAAAUGAAUAUGAUUGCUUACAAUGGACAUUGGUGAGCACCAAUCAUACGCAAAACCAAGUAUUAUCGGAACAAUCGCACUGUCGUCAAGAGCUCACCCUAUCCGAAUACAAGAAUUUCGGUUCACUACGUGCUGAUGGCCAUCGUUUACAACUACGAAAAUUGUAUGCAAUGAUUGAAACAGAGUCCCUGUCAUUUGAAAAUGAGUCAGUUUUGGCAUUGAUUAUGCAAACAUUAUGGGAGUGCGGUGUAAGCGGUAACGAUGGAUCAACACGAGAAUCUCACAUCGACUUUCGUGAUCCAAAAUUUUGUUCAGCAAUGAUUGAACUGCUAUUGAAAUUCGUUAGCCAACAAAGAAACAACUGGAGGCACCCAUUCAAACUCCUCAUCGUAACAUUGAUUGCAGUUCGAGCAUAUGAAAUUAACUGUCAUGAUGAGAUGGUAAUCGAAAUUAUUUCACUUUUACGUCAAAUUCGUGUCAUUGCUUUGGAUUGGAUUCGUCAAAUUGAAGAUUCAAUUCGAAGUAUGGCUAAUCCAAAUGAGAAAACCGAACAAGAGUUACGCAUGAAAUUGAUUCACGUUGCAAUUUCUGGAGGUCUAACGUUCUUCAUUAAUCCAAAGCACAAAAAUUACGAGAAGAUUUUUGAAGCAGAUACCGAAAAUGAUUUAACUGCUAUACGAGCAUGGUUUCAAUUUAAUAUAACCCUAAAGAAUGGCGUACGGAUGUAUACAACGGAUGAGUCAAAAUUGCCACCAAAUGUGUGCAUGUUUCUUCGAUUGAUGGAAUGCGUUGGUCUCUGUCUAGAGCCAAAAAUAACUGAACUCAUCACACAAAAUCCAAACGAAGUGUAUAAGUUAAUUAAAAUGCUAUGGUCUCGUGCUGAUUCAGACAAUACAACAUUUCAACCCAUUAAUUUUUAUAAAAAAUAUCCACAUCUAUUGGUCAUCGAAGUCAUCAUUCAAUCAAGGAGACAAUUUGUAACAAUUGACAUAAUCACCGGUUCAUUUUCAGUCGAUGGUUUUCCAUUGUCACGUUUACCCGAACACAUUUUAAAUAGUGGCAUUUACCAGUGGUUCUUUGGGCAAGUCGUAUUCGAGGUGAUUCCUGAUGGUGAUAACUUUUCUACGGUUCAUAAAUUUAACAAUUGUAUUUAUGAAUUUAAAUUAAUCGACAAUAAGGUCAUUAUUACCGAACGAAACAAAGUAAAUGAUUUUGAAAAGGAGCUAAUCGAUCAAUCGAUUUUGAAUGGUGAAUUUCCACCACAUCUCGUCGAAAAUUACAGCCAUUGGUGGAAUAAGAAAGAAAAUUGCAUCGAAUUUCGGCGUAAAGCGAUGGAUAAGACACACUUUUCAAAAGUUACCGAUGUUGACUAUCGAUUUGAUUACACCACCUCCUAUCUAUGUCAUGUACAAACACAACGUAUAAUGCUUGACAUCAAAAGUGAUAGUUUUCAAAAAAUUAUCGACCGAUUGUCACGCUUAGAACAUCAUAAAUAUAUUCUCAUUUUGCAAGAAAGUGCUCACGCAGCCACCGUCGAAUUAUUACGCAUGAAUUUGAAAUUCAACAUCGAUUUAAAAACAUAUGAUUUGAUUUCAAAUGAAAUUAGCGGAAUGCGCAUCAGUCUAUCACAAAAUGUUGGCACUUUGUACGGUUUACAUCAUGGUUUGAUAUUGGAAAGUAUUUCCAACGCAAAAACGAAAACCAUACUCAUACCGAAUGGAGAAAUUGGAAGUGUAUGCACAGAUUUACAUAUUUCUGUGCACGUUAAGACCGAACAAAAUCUGAAUAGUCCACCAUUUUAUCAAUAUCAAGUUGAUGAAUUUUGUUGUCAAUUAAAAGCGAGCAACGGUAGCUAUGCAUCAUGGUUUUAUUUGGCAUAUUUGCAUGCGAUCACAUCACAUGGCGAAAUCGAACCAUUUACUGAAAUGUCGGGUACAGAACGUGCUCUACAAAUUCUACAAUCAGCAUAUGCAUGGUCAUCCGAACCAUAUGAACCAGAAGCUCGAAAAAUGUUGAAAAAGAUUGCCAAUUUAACGCCACUACGAAAUUUACGAAAAGGAAAGCAAUUAGUUAAUUGGCCAGAGAAUAUACCGCCACGAUCAGCGCAAGAUUGUUUUUUCUUUAUUGUGCAAAAAUUACUCAGCAAUAGUCAGCGAUUGUACAGCUUGUAUUCGAAAGAUCCACCAAAGCCACUGAAACUUGAAACUCUGAUAAAACUUAAUGUGCGUGAUCAUUGGCGUUGUCAUCCAUUGAAUCCAAAUCUACGAGUACAUGAAACAUUUAUUCCACAAAUAGUGUUGAAGACAGUAUUGCCAAAUACACCGCCGAUAUCGUUUUGCAAAGACACACGGCACAUAUGCCUUUUAUACCACAAAAAUCGAUAUUAUGUGCCAGGCAGUUUAAAUUUAACACAUUUUUUGACCGUAAAACGUGAAACAUUGGUCGGACUCACCAAUUCAGAACGGUUGAAAGAUUUGUUAUAUCACAGUGUUCACGAUAAAUUUGCUGAUUUAUGGAUUUCUCUGUAUGAAGCAGCUCGAAAGCAAGAGCUAAAUCGCGAAGAAUUUGCAAUUAUUUUCAGUUUUUUCGCUCAUCAUGGUGAAGAAAUCAAUCCGAUUUUCGUAUUACAGGCAAUUGCCGCAAAUCCAAAAGAAUUUGAACACAUCCAUCCACCGAAAAUUGAAUCAUUCCCAAUAUCAGCUGGGACGUUUAAAGUUGAAACAAUAUCGAAUAUUUUGAAAGAUAACCAUAAACAACCGGAUGAAUAUUAUAGCAAGGACUGGGAGGAAUCUGGCAAACGGCAAAAAUACGACGAUGAUCUCAAAAAUGUUAUCAAGGACAUAGAGAAAAUAGCAAAAGAUAAUUGGCCAUGUGCAUCGUUCGUUUUGGGCAACACAUUUUUAAAUCGAUUUGAAUAUAUUGACUAUGCAACUGCCAAUGAUAAAAUCAAUAAAAAAUUACGUGUAUGGUAUAAAAAUUAUCAACUCGAUGUUUUCAUCCAAACCGUUGAAAUGAAUCUAAAAUCUUUGCCUGAAUGUGGUCUUGGAUCUUGCGCCUCGAGCAUAAACCGAAAUCGUCCAUCAAUCGAAAAUAAUUUCGUUAAAUUUCAAAUUGACUACGAAGCGAAGAUACGUGAUUGCUUUAAUGCAUUAAGCCGAGAAAAGAUUAAUGAAGCACACGAUACAUGGCAAAUGAAAGCAAAAAAAUCCAUUUAUUCAGCGCACGAUUGGUGGACAUUAAUUUGUAACAAAAUUUCACAAUCGAAUGAAACACAUCAUUUGAUUAAAGCAGGAAUAUUUCCAAGAAUGGUGCCAAGUAUGUAUUUGCCAAAAAUAAUUGACACCACCACAGAUGAACGCUUAAAAUGCUUGAUCGGUGCAUGGGCCAUGGAAAUUGCACGAGAGCAACGUCAAAAACGUAUUGAAAUUUUCAAACAGCGUCCAGAACUUCAGGCCAUUUUAAGCAGAGAGUUAAAAGACGAACCGCAUUCAAAUUGGCAACCAUCCGAAUACCCAGAAUGGUUAUUAUUCGAAAUUGAACAGAAUCUUAUGAUCCGACGGAUUCAAAUUGAAAUUGCACGGCGGAUGAUUACACCGCCGGAAAGUAAUACAAAACAUUCGGUCAUGCAAUUGAACAUGGGCGAAGGUAAAACAGCAGUUAUUGUCCCAAUUGUGGCUGCAAGAUUGGCAAAUGGGCAACAAGCUUGCCAAAUAACUGUGCUCAAAUCACUGUUUGCAACAAAUUUAAAAUCAUUACGACAAUAUUUGGGUGGAUUCUUAAAUCAAAAAAUCUACAUAUUUCCGUGUCGCCGUAACAUGCCAAUUCACACGCACAUUGACUCGAUUUUAAGUAUUUAUGAAGAAUGCUUAAAAAAUAAAGGUGUUAUUCUCACACUGCCUGAAUAUCGUUUAUCAUUUCAACUAAAAAUUUACGAAAUGAUUCAAAAUGAGGAAAUGCGCGCAGCCAAAAGUUUGUUACAAGUCCAUAAGUGGAUGAAUGCAAACAUACGCAAUGUAUUAGAUGAAUCAGAUGCAAUACUUCAAGCAAAAUAUCAACUCAUUUAUACGGUUGGCGCUCCAAGAGAAUCAGAUGGUGGCUCAUUGCGAUGGUUGGUCACGCAAGCGGUUUUAAAACGUGUUCCAGAUCACAUGCACAGACUUUACGGUGAAUAUGGAAAUAAGAAAAUCGAAUUUGAUGAAAACUACGUAAAAAGUGGAAACGUUGUUGGUUGGCCUAACGUCGACUAUAGAUCGGAUGUGUUCACACCAUGCCGUAUUCUCGAUGAUAUUGUUUUCGAUGCACUAAAAAUGGCCAUCAUCGAUGAUUUUCUUAAAGGUGAACUUGAUAUUGACUUUAAUGAAAUCUCGACAUCAAAAAAAGAAAAACUCCGGCAUCUUCUAACAGAAAAAGCGAUUGAAAAACUAACAUUUUACGAUAUAAUGCGUAAAUUUUCCGAAAUUGAACUUAAUACCAUUUUAAUAUUGAGUGGACUGUUGCGAUUUGAAGUCCUGAAAUUGACACUGACUAAACGAUGGCGCGUUCAUUAUGGUGUUAACGUUAAGAGCAAUCGUAAAAUGGCUAUUCCAUUUAAAGCAAAAGAUGUGGCCGCUGAAAUGACCGAAUUCGGACAUCCCGAUGUUGCUGUUUGUUUUACACAAAUGAGUUACUAUUAUUCUGGUUUAACCGACGACCAGCUCCGCUGUGUAUUUUCGCAUUUAGAAAAUGCACCAGAUGCGGCGGCUACCUAUGAGAAAUGGAUUCGUAGCAUUGAUGGAAAAUUGAUUGAGCCAUCGAUUCGCACUUACAGCGGUGUCAAUUUGGAUAAUCCUCAUCAACGUGAUGAGUAUCUGUUUCCAUUGCUUCGUUACAAUAUGUAUGUGAUUGAUUUUUGGCUAUCGAAUCUUGUUUUUUCACAAGAACUAAAAAUGUUCGAUAAGAAGCUGAUGUGUACGUCAUGGGAAUUGACGAGUGAUCAUUAUGCGCAUCGUGUUACUGGAUUUAGUGGAACGAAUGAUACCAAAAAUAUUCUUCCAAUAAUGAUUGGACAAAAUGAUCUCAAAGAGCUUGAGGGUACGAAUGAGAAAAUGCGAAAUAUCCUAAAGGAUGCAAGAAAUGGUCCAUAUCAAAACUUGCCAGCCAAUGUGAGCGGCAAACAAAUAUUGGAUGCAUUGGUAGAACAUGAUAUUCCGGUACUUUUGGAUUCAGGUGCUUUGAUGCUUGAACUUAAUAACAAAGAAGUCGCAAGCGAGUGGCUAAAACGAGCAUCCAAAGAAAAAUACGAUGCAGCAGUUUAUUUUGAUGGAAAAGAUACAUUGCAAACGAUCGAACGUAGUGGAAUGGUUACUGAAUUCGAUUAUUCGGUUUACAAAGAAAAUUUGGCAAAAUGUCUCGUGUAUUUAGAUGAUGAGCAUACACGUGGCACCGAUCUUCGUUUUCCGGUGAAUUGGAAAGCAUGUGUUACACUUUCAGGUGACAUAACUCGUGAUAAAUCCGUGCAAUCUUGCAUGAGAAUGCGUCAGUUAGAAACCAGUCAAUCGAUUCGAUUUUGGGCAUCAUACGAAGCUGAUAUUCGCAUACGAAAAGUAUGCGAACUAUCGGAACGGGAUACAGUUGAAAAUGUACAUGUCAUCAAAUUUAUUGAGCACAAUAGCCGUCAAUUUGAAAAGGCAAAUAUGAUGCAUUGGACAACAGGCGCGUUGAAUUAUACAAAGAAAUUGGUCGGACACAAACAAUAUGAAAAUGCUGAAGAUGAUGAUUCCAUGAAGAAACUCUAUGAAAAAUGUGUUGAUGAUGAUUUUGCAAAAUUGGUUGAAAUGUACGGCGAAAAAGAAGAAGCAAAAAUAAUCGAUAUUGCAUGGAAAAAAUUCGAUAAAAUUGAUGGUCGUCAUGUUGAUAGACAAUUUCGAUCAUUUAUCCGUGAAAUGAAGGAUAAUGUCGUGGACAAACUGAAUGAAUUAGCAACAGAUGUUAAACGAUUUACACACGCUCUCGAUGAGGAACAAGAAAAGGAGUUGGAACAAGAAGUUGAGGAGCAAACUCAAAUAGAACGUCCACCGGGAGCAAAACCGGCCACACCAAAGUUCAAUGAGCAAUUGAAACAAUUGGUUAUUAACGGUGCCACUGAUGGUCUGGUUAACAAAAUGAAGAUUGAAAAUUCAUUACUUUCAAUUGUCAACAGCUUGGCCAACACACAAUUAUCCGAAUUUUGCGAAAAAAAUGCAGACGCCUGGUCCAAAUAUAUAUUUGUUACCAACGAUUUUUGCACAGUUCUUCAGGGUUCAUCGCAAUUGUGUGAUGCAUUUUUACGGCCAACAUGGUGGCUUGCACAAAUUAAGGGUGAAACAAAGAAUAUUAUAAUUCUUUUAAGUUCAUUUGAAUGCAAUCAUCUUUUGCCAGCUUUUCGACAUACUACGAAUGCAACACUUUUUAUGUACCGUCCACGUUUGAGCAAACUUCACAGUAAUUUAAUUCACGAGGAAAAACUUCAAAUCACUGGCAAUUUAACAGCAAAUACCAUUGAUAUUGAAGAUGAAGUUCAAAUUGGAGUUUUUUCGGGGAUGAUGUACUUUAAAAAUGAAAUGGAACAAAAUGCAUAUUGUUCAUUUUUGGGUUUGAUUCCAAGACCACGUACAGCCGAACAGGAAAAAGCAUUCGAAGACAAAAUCAUCAAAGAAAAUGGGUAUGUGCCACCAAAAAAGCGCAAAAUGGAUGAAAUUUCAAACUGUGUCGAUCGUUGCCGUUUUGAACAUAAUCCGAGAGAUUUUGUUAUCAAAUUGAUCAACGCCCAUCAUCAAGGAAUGCCCAAAGUUACGCACGUCUCAUCGAUCUUAGUGCGAUGCAAAAAAGUUUUCCCCGAUGAUAAUGCAAUGCAAGUAGACUAAGAUUAAUCAAAACAAAAUAUAAAGUAAAAAAAAAAACAAAAAUUCAUUUCGAACGUUUUUUUAUUAAAUUUUAUUUUAAGAGAAUUGUACCCCAUAAAUUCAAUAAAGUAUCCACAAUAUUUCUUUAUAA